AUGCUUCGUUCCUGUCGUGUGGCUGCUGAAGCGGCAAGGAGAGCCUCGUCCUCGUGUUGCCUUAAACAAAGAAUCGAUAUCACUCGAUCAGCCUCAUCAUUGGUUGUUCCCGAGCAAAAGCCAGUUGCUCCGAUUCACAAGGUGGGAAGUACCCCAGUUGGAGACACAAAUGGGAACUACAGUACAAAGAAGCGAGCUCAUUCUAUGAUCAAUACACGAGCCGAUCUUCAAAAAGCUCAAAGGAUCGUUGUGAAACUGGGAAGUGCUGUGAUCACAAGGGAUGAUGAAUGCGGAUUGUCACUUGGACGUUUGGCUAGCAUUGUUGAGCAGGUCUCCGAACUACAACAAUCUGGUCGUCAAAUGUUAAUCGUUACCUCGGGAGCCGUAGCGUUUGGCCGACAAAAGUUGCGCCAAGAACUCGUGAUGAGCAUGAGCAUGAGACAGACAUUGAAAAGGGGUUCCGCCGGAAUGACCACUGACAAACGAGCUUGUGCUGCUUCUGGAAUGCCUGGAUUGAUGAGUCUUUAUGAACAACUCUUUCAACAAUAUGGAAUCACUGUGGCUCAGGUUCUUCUGACAAAGCCAGAUAUUGACGAUCCACAAAGAAGAAAGAAUCUUAUUUCAACGAUUGAAAGUCUACUCGCUUUAAACAUUAUCCCAAUCGUGAAUGCAAAUGAUGCGGUGGCUCCUGAUCCAAAAUUAGCUCAACAUAUUUCCGACAAUGACUCGCUUGCUGCUCAACUCUCUUCAGAAGUCGAAGCCGAUCUUUUAUUGAUUCUAUCUAAUGUCAACGGAGUAUACACAGGUCCACCAGAUAUGGAAGGUUCUCGUCUCCUUCACACAUUUGUCCCACAAGAAAGUGCUAGUGUUGUCUUUGGAGCCAAUAGCAAAUUCGGAACAGGAGGCAUGGAAAGCAAGGUCCAAUCUUGCAUCAAAGCUUUGGAGCAUGGGGUUACCACGGUGAUCACAAAUGGAUUGGCUCAAGAUGCGAUCACUAAUACUGUCAAAGGAAAGAAGGUUGGUACAAUGUUCUCCAAAACAUAUCGCUAUGAAGGUCCACCAAUUGAAGAGCUCGCCACUAAAUGCAGAGAUUCUGGUCGUCUCCUCCAAUCACUUUCCAAUGCUGAGAGAGCUCAAAUGGUCCGUCAUUUGGCUGGUCUCUUGAUGGCACGAGAAAAUGACAUCAUUGAUGCGAAUCGUUUAGAUCUACAAGCUGCUCAAUCUAACGGCUUGGAUUCUCAACUUUUGAAUAGAUUGAAGCUUACGAAAGCUAAAUUAACUGAUCUUCACAACGGACUUCAUAUGAUUGCUGACUCGGCUGAGACUCUGAUCGGAAGAUGUUUGAGAAAGGUAAAAGUAUCAGAGAGUUUAUUCUUGGAGCAAGUGACUGUCCCAAUUGGAUCAUUGAUGGUUAUCUUCGAGAGUCGUCCGGACUGCCUUCCACAGGCUACUUCUUUGGCGAUGGCUUCUGGAAAUUCCUUGCUACUGAAAGGAGGCAAAGAAGCUGACGAAUCGAACAAAAUGCUUCACUCGAUCGUCCAAGAAGCAUUGGGAACACACGGUUUUGAUAUGCGAGAUGCGGUGACUCUUGUGAAAAGUCGAGAAGAUGUUGCUGAUCUUCUGCAGCUUAAAGAUUUGAUUGAUCUUGUCAUUCCAAGGGGAUCAGGAGAACUUGUGCGAGCAAUGCAAGAACAGAGCAAGGGAAUUCCUGUACUUGGCCACGCGGAGGGCAUCUGCCAUGUCUACAUUGACAAAGAUUGUGAUCUGGAGAUGGCUUUACACAUUGCCCGGGACUCGAAAUGCGAUUAUCCGUCUGCUUGCAACGCGGCCGAAACAAUUCUCAUCCAUAAAGAUCUCAUGAGCACUCCUUUCUUUGAUCAACUUUGUGGAAUGUUUAAGCAUGAGGGUGUGAAGCUUCACGCUGGACCCAAGCUGCAAUCAAUGCUCAAGUUUGGACCACCCGCCGCCGAGAGUCUCUCCUUUGAGUAUGGAGCAUUGGAAUGCACAAUUGAGAUUGUGGACAACUGUGAAGAAGCGGUGGCUCACGUCAUUCGAUACGGAUCUGGCCACACUGACUCGAUUGUGACAGAAAAUCACGAGACAGCUGAGCAUUUCAUGAAACACGUCGACAGUGCCUGUGCUUUCCACAACGCGUCUACGAGAUUUGCUGAUGGAUAUCGAUUUGGAUUGGGUGCUGAGGUCGGCAUCUCGACAGGUAAAAUCCACGCUCGAGGCCCAGUUGGAGUCGAAGGAUUGUUAACAACGAAAUGGAUUCUUCGUGGAGAGGGCCAUGCUGUGGCUGAUUUUGCUUCCGGGGGUCGAUACAAUUACAUCCAUGAGGUGAUGAAUCCAACGGAGAUCUACAGAGAUGUGGCUGAGCCGCCGAAGAUCGCGAAAAGCGCC